ACGUGACUAAGUUACUUAACCUAUAUCAGUAAAAAGAAAAUAAAUGAAUAUAUUGAAAAAAAGGAGAAAAAUGUGUGAUUAAUUAUAAGGGAGGAAUAAAUCUAGUAAAGAGAUUUUUUUUGAAAGACACUAACGAUAAAAUGUAAAAUGCAUCUGCUGCCAAUCAGUCGAUAUUAUUUUGUCAUCAUCCAAGUUCUUGUAACACUUAUAACAAUACGCUACUUCCUACGUAAAAGUAUUUUAUCAAACGAGUUAAAACCUUUCGAAGAUUUUCAGCUUAAAUUUAUAACACUAAUGUACACACAUAUUAAUGCCCAAAGGUAUAACAAGGAUAUGUACACAGAAAUCACACUGUUGCACUGCGUGUCAUAUGUAUACAUAUACAUUUAAUAAGUUGGUUCACUGUGAAACGUAUGCACAAGGGGCUCAUCGCACUGUUGAAUCAUAUAAUAAAUUUUCACAAUAAUACAUAAAAUUAAAACUCAUAGUAUGCUAUAGAUACAUGAACAUACAUUUAAGGAUAAAUUAUUAUAUUUAAGAGAAAUGAUUUAAAUUCAAACUUUAAAUGCUUCCAAUUUUUAUGCAUUUAUAGAAAAGAUUCUUCAAAUGGAAAAUAUAGCCUAAAAUUAUUUGUAAAAUAGGCGGGAAAUAUAAUUACAAUGAAGAAAAGGCAGACAAGACGUCAGCUUUUGGCAGAAAAAGAAGCUGCAGCACGACAAUUAGUUGAUAAAGCAAAUGCUGUCAUAAAUCCGUUAGAAUCUUUAACUUCUUUUCACAAGUAUGUAACAGGAGACAAUCAGAUUAUUGAAAUUUCUUGUAUGAGAGCCAAAGAUGCGACCCCAGAAUGUUUAUCUUGGAUAUUUGAUAUUAUGGAACGUAAUAUGAAAUCCAUGUAUGAACAAUGCGCAUGGGGUUGGGAUUCAGUUGCAAAGCAACAAGAGUUAACAGAAUCAGCAGCGUGGUAUUUAGUAGCUUCUUCAAAUAAUAAGUUCCUUGGAUUUUCUCAUUUUCGAUUUGACAUAGAUCAUAGGGAAGAAGUACUUUAUUGUUAUGAAAUACAAUUGGAGCCAUCGGUAAGAAGAAAAGGACUCGGUCAAUUCAUGAUGUCUGUCCUUGAAUCAAUGGCAUUACACCACAAAAUGCAAAAAGUAGUUUUAACUGUAUUUAAGCAUAAUCUUGCAGCUAUGCCAUUUUUUUUUUCUAUCGGUUACAAGCUAGAUAAAACCAGUCCAUCGAUGUCUGACCCAUUGCACUAUGUUAUUAUGAGUAAGGCUGUGGACAGUGGAUCGGUGAGCAAGAGAAACAAGUGAUUUUGUAUUGAACUAUAUGAAAAUAAAGAAC